GUUCACGGCAAAGGAGAGAAGCUACUCGCUCCCGGCUCAGGUCAAAUAAAACUGUUUUCUGUCCGUUCGCGGGGUUAUUGGAGGAAGACAGCAGGUUGAGGACGAGUCCAGCUGCGUCGAGUGUCUCAUCAGGAUGUCGCCCCACGACCCCCCCACCCUGCUGGUCCUGUACGGCAGUCAGACCGGCACGGCUCAGGACACGGCCCAGAGGUUAGCUCGCCAGGCCCAGAGGAGGCGUGUCCAGGUCUGCCUGUCUCCUCUGGACGGCUACAAUGUGGCUGAGCUCAUCUCCGAGUCCCUGGUGGUGUUUGUGUGCUCCACCACCGGACAGGGAGAGCCUCCUGACAACAUGAAGAACUUCUGGAGGUUUCUUUUCAGGAAGUCUCUACCUGUGGGCUCUCUCAGCCGGCUGGACUGUGCUGUGUUGGGUCUGGGAGACUCCUCCUAUCCGAAGUUUAAUUUUGUGGCCAAGAAGCUCCACAAGCGUCUGCAGCAGCUGGGAGCGUGCACGCUGCUGCCGGUGGGCCUGGCAGACGACCAGCACGACCUGGGGUCUGACGCGGUGGUGGACCCCUGGCUGCAGGCGUUCUGGGACAAAGUGUUGAGUCUGUACCCGACUUUGAGGAACGUGCUCCCUCUGAGAGAAGAUGAGCCACUACCUCCAUCGUUCACCUUCCACUUCCUGGACGGGGUGAGCGAGCAGACGGAGGACAGGCUAUGGACGGACCCCCCCUCCUCCGCCCCCUCCCCGUCGCAGCCCUUCCCGGCCCGCAUGCUGUCCAACCGGAGGGUGACGGAGGCGUCGCACUUCCAGGACGUCAGGCUCAUCGAGUUCGACAUCACACACUCGCACAUGGAGUUCACUGCCGGCGAUGUGGUGAUGAUGCGUCCUCGUAACUCGGCUGAAGACGUCCGGCAAUUCUGCGAGCUGCUGAGGUUACGACCUGACAGCGUCUUCACUCUCAGCGCCACAGGGAGCGCUGCAGUUCCAUCCAGACUCCCUCGGCCGUGCACGGUGCGCCACCUGGUGGAGAGCUACCUGGACGUGGCCGCCGUGCCUCGCCGCUCCUUCUUCGAGCUGCUGGCCUCCUUCGCCUCCAAUGAGCUGGAGCGGGACAAGCUGGCCGAGUUCAGCUCCGCCGCGGGGCAGGACGAGCUGCACGGCUACUGCAACCGGCCGCGACGCACGGCGCUGGAGGUCCUGGCAGAUUUCCCUCACACUACGGCUGAACUGAAAGCAGACUACCUCCUGGAUCUGUUCCCUGAGAUCCAGCCACGCUCCUUCUCCAUCGCCUCGUCCCUGCAGGCUCAUCCCAACAGACUGCACAUCCUGGUGGCUGUGGUCCAGUACAGGACCAAGCUGUACCGGCCUCGGCGGGGGCUCUGCUCCUCCUGGCUGGCCUCCCUGGACCCGGCUGAAGGCGAGGUGUCGGUGCCUCUGUGGGUGAAGAAGGGCAGUCUGAGGUUCCCCGUGCAGAAGGAGCGCCCGGUGAUCAUGGUUGGCCCGGGGACCGGCGUGGCCCCCUUCAGGGCGGCGUUACAGGAGCGCAUCGCCGAGGGGAAAACCGCCAACGUCCUGUUCUUCGGCUGCCGCUCCGAGUCCAAAGACUUCUACUUCAGGACGGAGUGGGAGGACAUGAGGAGCGCCGGACACCUCGUCCUCUUCACCGCCUUCUCCAGAGACCAGGAGGAGAAGGUUUACGUGCAGCAUCGAGUCCGGGAGAACGCCGCGCUCCUCUGGGACCUGGUGGCCAAUCAGAACGCCUGCUUCUACAUCGCCGGGAACGCCAAACAGAUGCCGGCCAGCGUGCGCGACGCCCUGAAGGAGGUCUUCCAGCAGGAGGGCCGUCUGACCGCCGAGCAGGCCCAGGAGAUGCUGGAGGCCAUGGAGAGGACGGGCCGCUUCCAGAGCGAGACCUGGUCCUGAUCACUCCGUCUGCUCACAGCUCGCCUUUAUCCAGACUGCUGUUACACUCUGAUCCAGCCUAACGACAAACUUCAACCUGUGGCUUUAGAGGAUAAUCAAGUUGAUUAAACCUCAAUUUCAACAUAUUAUCUGAAGCUGUGAUGAUAUAUAAUAAAGUCUAUAUAUAUAAAGUCUAUAAUAAAGUCUGUUGAACAGAGUAAAAAUAACUCUUAUUUCAGAAUUCAGAGCUGGAAUCUACUGUAAUUUAAUUCAUGAUUGUUCUAUAUUUCAAAGCAAUAGUUUAAGCUGGACAAAAACAGGAUUUUUGUUGUGACAAAAAUCUUACAGAUUUUCUAGACGUUUUCGGAAUUUAAAAAAUUCUCAAAACUUGUAAAACUUGAAGUUGCAUCAGUCAGUGUUGAACAUGGUAAAUCCGUCACAAAAACUCAUAUUGAUGCAGUUUGUUAUGGAAAUAACUCACACUGUCAUAAUACACCAACAUUAAUGAACAUUGUGUGAAAAAAAAUCUUUUCAAACCUCUUCUAAAAGAUCAUUCUGAGGUCACGUCUGUUUAGAGCUGGACAGUUAAACCAUGUGAGCACCCUCUGCUGGCAGCUGGAGGAAGGUCAGGGUCUCUGGAAUAAGUCAUCGCUUUGAAAAUAGUUGAUCUUCAAAUCAAACUUAAAACUUAAAGUUCACACUGAAAUAUGAAAUCAGGGAAAGUUUUUGAGGUUUGAAGUCAAACUGAUUUCUAUUCAGCAGAAAAA